AUGGGCUCGAUCGUCCUACCUCAUCUACGGACCGCCUGGCACGUGGAUCAGGCGAUUCUCUCCGAAGAAGAGCGCCUGGUAGUGAUCCGAUUCGGGCGCGAUCACGACCCCGACUGUAUCCGCCAAGACGAAGUCCUCUACAAGAUCGCCGAGCGAGUGAAAAACUUUGCAGUGAUCUACCUGUGCGAUCUAGAUGAGGUACCGGAUUUCAGUACGAUGUACGAGUUGUACGACACGAUGACACUCAUGUUCUUCUAUCGCAACAAACACAUGAUGUGUGAUUUUGGGACCGGAAAUAAUAACAAGUUGAAUUGGGUGCUGGAGGACAAACAGGAGCUGAUCGACAUCAUUGAGACCAUCUACAAGGGUGCAAAGAAGGGCCGGGGUCUGGUCGUUAGUCCGAAAGAUUACUCCACGAGAUAUCGCUACUAA